GAUGACAGCUGGUCACAAAAAGAGAAAAGUUGGCCAGUUAUUGUCAGUAAUUUCUCGUAAUUUGGAACGCUGAAAGAAAAAGUGUGUUGUGAAAGUAUUGCUUGUAGGAACUGUUAUCCAUAUAUGUGAAAACCAAAAUACUGUUCAAAUUUAAUUAGUUAGUGUUUUGAUUACUCGCACCUACCGGCGUCACUAUGUCGGACGAGAGUCAUCCAAAAACUUUGUAUGUUGGAAACUUGGAUGCUAGUGUUUCCGAAGAUCUUCUGUGUGCAUUGUUUUCACAAAUAGGUCCUGUAAAAGGAUGUAAAAUCAUAAGGGAACCUGGAAACGAUCCUUAUGCCUUUGUUGAAUUCACCAACCACCAAUCUGCAUCAACAGCCUUGGCUGCCAUGAAUAAGCGGGUGUUUUUAGAUAAAGAAAUGAAAGUUAAUUGGGCUACUAGCCCUGGAAACCAACCCAAAUUGGAUACAUCAAAUCAUCAUCACAUAUUUGUUGGCGAUUUAUCUCCAGAAAUUGAGACUGAAACUUUAAGAGAAGCCUUUGCACCAUUUGGAGAGAUAUCUAAUUGCAGAAUAGUAAGAGAUCCCCAAACUUUGAAAUCUAAAGGAUAUGCAUUUGUCUCUUUCGUCAAAAAAGCAGAAGCUGAGAAUGCCAUUCAAGCAAUGAAUGGACAGUGGUUAGGCUCUAGAUCUAUCCGUACAAAUUGGUCCACAAGGAAACCACCACCGCCCAGGACAGAAAAGGCUAAUCCAAGAAGUAAACAACCUACAUUCGAUGAAGUCUACAAUCAGAGUUCACCCACAAAUUGUACUGUGUACUGUGGUGGUUUUGUAAAUGGGCUCUCUGAAGAUUUGAUGCAGAAAACGUUUAGCCCAUUUGGUAUCAUACAAGACAUUCGUGUAUUCAAAGAUAAAGGUUAUGCUUUCAUCAAAUUUGCUACAAAGGAAUCUGCUACACAUGCUAUUGAGAGUAUUCAUAAUACAGAAGUGAAUGGUCAGCUGGUUAAAUGUUUCUGGGGUAAAGAAAAUGGUGGAAUGGGGGACUCAAUGACAAUGGGUUCUGCAGGAACUGGAGCAUCUGCUGUUCCAACACAGCCCUAUUCAUAUGGUUAUGGUGGCUAUUGGUACCCCCAAGGAUAUGGAGGUUAUAUGCAAGGUGGAUAUCCACCCUACCAACAGUAUCAGUAUGGAGCUGGGCAACAAUACUGUGUUAUGCCCCAACAAGGACAAUACCCAAAUCAACAGAGUCAGCAGUCAGUAAUGUAUGGCAAUGUGCAAAAAUAUCCUUCACAAUGAAUGGAAUUCGCCUAAUUUCCCAACUCUUGAGACUUUGAAUGAACAUAGUGAACAUUAAUAUUUACCUGAUCUACUGUUUUUGGCUUCAUUUGGGUAGUAGAAUAAUUUGAUCAAUAAUGGAGACAUUUUACUCUUCAAAUAUAUUUUUGUAAAAUACUUUUUUCAUCUUCUUAAUUUAGAGGAUUAUAACUCAACAAUAAGAUACAAGUUAUGAUGCCAAAAUGCAGUAGAGACGAAAUCCAAAUCAACAGUGAGUGAUAAGUUUUAAGUUAUUGUAAGAAUUGCCUGAAUGAUUGUAAAUCAAUCAUAUGAAUGAUAUAUGUAUUUGGACUUGAUAUUUCUUUUGAAGAGGAAUUGGACUCAUAGUGUUUCAGUUUAAAGUUACGGUAUAAAUUUAGAUUAGUGUACACAUGUAACCCUAAAAGAGAAAAUCAGCUGGUUAACCUACAUUUGUAAUAUCAAGGUCAUAUAGAGUAAAAACAAUGUUCCAUUCACGAGUUGUUGUCUUAUUGAGGCAAGACAAUUUUAUAACAAAUGUAUAUGCUAGUUAAAUAAAAAUUUCAGGUCUGGGA